AUGGCGAUUCCUGACGCUGAAAUUCAUCCAAGCGCGACAGGCAAGGCCGCUGAUAUCGUCGCUCAGCACCAAAAGAAAGAGCCCAUCACAUUAUACUCCGGGUGGUUCUGCCCGUUUGUCCAAAGAUCAUGGAUCACUCUGGAAGAGAAAAAUAUCCCUUAUAGAUAUGUGGAAAUAAAUCCUUACUUAAAGGAAGAAAGCUUUUUGAAGCUGAAUCCUCGUGGACUUGUUCCGACAUUGGGUGCCCCGCAAAAGGACGGAUCUGAAAAGCCGCUGAUCGAGUCGAACUUGAUCUCCGAAUACCUAGAUGAGUCGUAUCCGGAGCAGAGUCCUCUUUUCCCGAAGGAUCCAUACGAAAAGGCGCGCAUGAAAGUCUGGGUCGACCAUAUCACCACACGCAUCAUCCCAGCCUACCAUAAGGUGCUCCAGCAUACCGAGAGAAGCCCAUAUACUCUGGACAAGGCAUAUGGCGACUUUCACACUUCUCUGAAGACCUGGAUCAAGGAAGCUGAGCCCGAAGGCCCGUUCUUCCUCGGCAAGGAAUUCAGCUACGCUGAUGUUGCGCUGGCGCCUUGGGCCGUGAGGCUCUGGGUGCUGGAGCAUUUCAAGAAACUCCCUGCCAUUCCUGCCCCGGGACAAGGGGGUGCGGACGAGGAGCUGUGGAAUCGCUGGCGGAAAUGGAGUCAGGCAGUUGGGGAGAGGAAGUCGGUCGCGGACACAAUGAGUGAUCGCGAGCACUACCUCCCUUUGUAUCAGAGAUAUGCUGAGGAUAGGGCUCAGAGCGAACUCGCGAAGGCUAUCAGGGAGGGAGGGGGCGUGCCGUAA